AUGGAUAGAGUUGGAGUUGAACAUCGGUCGGUGAUUAUAUCUUUCAAUUUAGCAGAGGAGAAUGUCCGAGAAAUUCCACUACCUCUUGCUUCUAUUGAUAGGAGAGAUUAUAUUGUUGGGGCCUUCAGAGAUUGCUUAUGUUUAACACAUGGUGGUGCUGAUGGAGGAAUGCACAAUGAGUUUUGGAUCAUGAAAGAAUAUGGCGUGAGGGAGUCUUGGACUAAAAUAAGGAGCCCCAUCCCAUAUUCUGUAUUGCAACACUCUGGUUUCUGGAAGAAAAGUCAUGAUCUCUUGGUGUUCAGGGACUGA